GAUAACUAGAGGCUGCCCGAGUAAUAAGCGAGAAAAUAUGUCAUACAAAUAGAAAUAUCAAAAUUAAAAGACUUUGUGCCAGUGUAUAUAUUAGUAUUAUUAGAUAUUUAUUGUUUUUCCAAAAGUGAUACACCAUCAAAAUCAUGGAAACUUUACCAAUUACUCUGAUAGUGAAAGCUCCAAAUCAACAAAUUGAAGAUCAAACAAUAAAGUGCGAGCUUACGUGGACAAUAAACAAAUUAAAACAACACUUAUCGGAAGUUUACCCCAGUAAACCUCCAAAACAUGAACAGAAACUUAUUUACUCUGGCCAAUUGCUAACUGAUUCCCUAAUACUUAAAGACAUUCUGAGACAAUAUGAAGGCCAAGAAACCCAUACAGUACAUUUAGUUUGCACCCCAAAACCAUACACAAAACAGUCCACCUACAGAGCCGAGGUGCCAGGUAGCAGUCAACAAAAUUCAGCACAAACCGAAAAUAUAUCAGCUGCGGUGCAGCCCCCUACGUCAAAUGAAAUGCCAAGUGAAAAUUUACCAGGAACGGAGCACCCAGUGCCCAACCCAGUGAAUCCCCUUCUGCCCUCAGGUGUUAUGGACAUUAAUCAAUAUGCCACUCAAGUAGCAAUGAUGCAACAGGCCUACUUGCAGUACAUCACACAAUAUAUGCAAUUGGCUGCACAUUCAUAUUCGGCUGGUGCCCAGAUACCCACGAAUCCAAUCCCGGGCCAAGUUCCGCCACAGCAACCAGCGCCGCCCCAACAGCCGCCCCCGCCCCAAAGAGAACCGGAAAUCCAAGAAAGAGACUGGUUGGACGUAUUCUACAUGAUCAGCAGAGCAAUGGUGCUUUUCAGCGUCGUCUACUUCUACUCCAGCCCCAUCAGAUUCGUUUUCGUUUUACUGCUAGGCAUUGGUUUAUAUUUGUACCAAAUUGGGUUCUUCAGAAACAUCAAUAAUAACAAUAACAACAACAAUAACGUUCCCACGGAUCCGGCCAAUCAGGAGGAGCAAGCGCCCUCUAGAUUGAUGGUGAUGUGGACAUUUUUCGCCACCUUUUUUGCUUCACUCAUACCGGAAAUACCGAACGCUGUUUAAAAGACUUACGUGUAAUAAUAAAAUUAUCAGUAGAUUUUAUUUUAUUCUUAGUGUGUUGUAUGGACAUUUCUACGUAUUAAUUUGUUUGUUUGGUGUUUUGUUUUAACCAUGAUAUUCAGUUAAAUACCAUUUUAAAUUUGUACCUGAAUUUUUCAAAAAUUCCCCCUAAUACCAUUUUUGAUCUGUAAAUUGUUUAAUAGUAAAUGUUCUAAUUUACAAUAAUGUUAUUUCUUGUAUCUAUAGCUUUGUAAAUAUUUUAUUAUUAG